AUGCCAGCAGUUACUUCAACAACUGCUGAAGAACAAAAUGAAGGCGAUCAGAAGAUGUGGAAUGCUCUCAAACGCUACAUUAUACGAGAGAGACAAAGAAAAAAAGAAGAAUAUGAAGCAGAGGUGGAGGAGGAGAGACUAAGAAAAGAGCGGGAAGCUAGAGAACGACAAGAUGUUAUGACACUUGAGGAAACAAAGGAGCAAAUCGAACAACUUGAACAAAAGUUAAAACAAUUAGAAAAAGAGAAACAACAACUGUUUAUGCAGUUGAAGCGAGUACUGAAUGAGGAUGAGGUUAGAAAGAGACAACAACAAAAGGAAGCAAAUGAAAUGCAACCAAUGAAAAUGCCAAUGGGUAAUAUACAAAUGCCAAUGUUUCCGAUGCCAUCCCAGGGUCAAGGGGAGCCACCACCUCAAGGCCGACCACCUCAUCUUAAUUCUCACAUGCUUAAUAAGAAAUCGUACUCAAAGUACAAAUUGUUUCCACAACAGCAAACUAUUGUACGUGGUCCCAUACAGUCUGGUGUCAAGCGGCAGAGGUCCCCCUCACCUACAUACGCCUUAUAUGCCCAUCGGUUACACCAGCCCGCUAUGAAACAGCACAAUGUAUACUCCGAUCAUAAAGUUGAGGAUGGUCGAAUGGGCCGCCAAAUGGCUCGAGCGGUUUUGUGGAACAAAACAUCUCAAUAUGCGUCAAACGUCAGUGGUUCCGGUGUUUCCUCUGGGGGGUACUACGCGAUGCCGACAAGCGUUGUGGGUGUGGUCACUGAGCGUCCACCGCCUCUGCUGUAUGCUCAUCAUGCGCAUACUCCCCACACUCCGCACACGCCCCAUACCCCACAUCAUUCGAACUUGAUGUAUGCGCCGGCGCCCCAGUCGCAGCUAUAUAUGGAUAUGCUGAAGAAUAGGGAGGGGCAGCAACAUCCGGAGCCCAAGAAGGAUCAGCAGGCUCCACAAGUAUUAAUAGGGUUAAGUGAAGCCCACCACCCGGCAGUUAGUAGCGGAGUAGUUUAUGCGCAACCGCCCGUGUCCCGUCAUCUGGCCAUACAUCCACCGCAACACAACACAAUACAGGCAAAACCUGGCAGCAUCACUCAAGGUUAUCCCGUUCAGCAGUCAAAUCCAAACGUACAAAACCCAAAUAUAUAUCCCAGCAGACAUCGUUAUUAG